AUGACUACCUAUGUGAAAUUGGUUAAAGGUGCCACUAAGAUUAAGAUGGCGCCCCCAAAACAAAAAUAUAUUGAUCCUAUCUUAUUAGGUACAUCACAAGAUCAAGAUUUUAAUGAAAUUAUACGAGCUUUAAGACCACGUAUUAGAGAUUCUGCUUUUACUGUUGCUUUUAAAUCUUUAAUUGUAAUUCAUUUAAUGAUCCGUGAAGGUGAUAGAGAUGUUACAAUUCGUUUUUUCUCUAAAAAUUUAGAAUUUUUUGAUAUUUCUAAUUCUUUCAGAUCAACAAAUGGUAAAUUUGAAGGUCAAGUCUUAGAUAAAUAUUGUUCAUAUUUAAAAUUAAGAUCAAAUGAAUUUAAUUUAAUUCAAGUUGAUUACGUUAGAGAUGGUUACAAUUCAUUAAGAAGUAUAAUUAAUGAUAAAAAUAAUAGCUCAUUAAAUAAAGCAUUAAAUCAUGUCGAAUCAUUAGAGACACAAAUUACAGAAUUAUUAAGAAAUAAAUACUCAAUUGGAGAUUUAUCAAAUGAUUUAUUACUUUUUGCAUUUAAAUUAUUAGUAUUUGAUUUAUUGGCAUUAUAUAAUGCAUUAAAUGAAGGUAUUAUAACAUUAUUGGAAUCAUUUUUUGAAUUAUCACAUAGUAAUGCAGAAAGAACACUUAAUUUAUAUAAAAAAUUUGUGAAUUUAACUGAAAAUGUUGUGCGUUAUUUAAAGACUGGUAAAGCUGUUGGUUUAAAAAUUCCUGUAAUUAAGCAUAUUACGACAAAAUUAGUUAGAUCAUUAGAAGAACAUUUAAGAGAGGAUAAUAUUACACAUAAUACAUUUAAUGAUGAAAAUAUAGUAACAAAUGAUAUUGGAAAUUCGCCAACAAAAGGAUUAGCUCAAAAAAGAUUAGAUGAAAUUAGAGAACAAAAGAGACAAUUACAAGAACAAUUAGCACAUCCGCAAUUAUUAAUUAAUGCUACUGGUAAUAAUAAUCCAAUGAUGAUGAAUCAAGCUGCUACUUUACCAACAUUGCCUACCAUGAAUAUAACCGAACAACAACAAUUACAGCAGCAACAAUUACAACAACAGCAAUUGCAACAACAACAACAGCAAUUGCAACAACAACAACUGCAACAACAACAACUGCAACAACAACAGUUGCAGCAACAGCAACAAAUGCCAAUGAUGCCUCAAAUUACUACGAAUAAUCCAUUUAUGAACGAAAUGCGUACACAGGUACCGCAAUCAUUUACACAAAUUCCAUUGCAAUCAUCUGUACAAACACCUUUACAAUAUUCAAAUACUACACCUAUGAUGAUGGGACAAAAUGGAGUUACUACAGUACAAUUGCCUCAACAGACACCUGUAACAUUACCACAACAGAUUUCAAUAUCUGAACAACAACCACAACAAAGUGGCAAUAAGAAUCCAUUUUCUAUGAAUAAUAUACAACCACAAGAACAAAAUAAUCCAUUCUCUCAAAAAAAUUACAACGAACAGAUCCCAGCAACAACAAAUAAUGUGACAGCUAACAACGCUGUGAACAAUAAUCCAUUCUCAUUACCAACUCAGAAUCAUGCUUUACAAACUGCGAUGACUGCACCUGUAUCAAUUAAUCAAACUGGACCACAAUUUACCCAGCAAUUCAACCCUCAGCAGUUCAAUACUCAGCAGUUCAACCCUCAACAGCAGCAGCAGCAGCAGCCCCAACAGCAACAAGAGUUCAGCCUUAUCGACUUCUAA